GAUAGACGCUGUGGAGAGUGGAUGUGUGUCGCUCGCUCCUCCUGUCCUUUACCCAUGUGAUUCACAACUUUCUCGCCGUCUUCCUAAUACACAUUGAAUGAGGGAAGAAAAUGAGUGUGCCUCGUUUUCGUGUCUUGUGUGUUGAUUAAGCUGAGAGUGUGUCGCAGCUGAGAGUGUGUCGCAGCUGAGAGUGUGUCGCAGCUGAGAGUGUGUCGCAGCUGAGAGUGUGUCGCAGCUGAGAGUGUGUGCCAUCACUACCAGCUGCCCUCACCUUCCCCUACCCAGCCACCACGAUCUAGCAACCAUGGAACUUCUCACAACCAAAAUCGUGGCUCUAACCCUGAUGGGGGCUCUCUCUCUCUUCUUCGGCUUGCUGCCCCUCCGCAUGAGAGACUUCCUGGCGCAGGGCAGCAGGAGGAGAGAGAGGAUCGUCAGUGGCUUCCUGUGCUUCGGUGGGGGAGUUCUUCUGGCCACAGUCUUCAUUCACAUGCUACCGGAGACCAGGGAGAGCUUCAAGAGCGCCUUCCAGAGGAAGGUGCUGACUGCCGGAGCUGACUACCCACUGGCAGAACUUGUCACCUGUGCAGGGUUCUUCCUGAUCUACUUCGUCGAGGAGUUUGUUCACAAGAUCUUCUUCCGGCGUGACACCCGCAGCGGCCGCAAGCUGUCCAGACUUGCCGCAGCCAUUGAAGAGGAAAGCAGCACCGCAGCCGCAGCCGCAGUUCCACACACCCACCAUAAUGGUAGUCACCACCGCCACCACCAUCACCACCAUCACCACCACCACACCAACGGUCACCUGCAACAUAAAAGCAGCAACAACAACACCAACAAGCAGCAGUUGCAGCUGCACGACUCUCAACCUGCAGAUAAACAUGACUCUACGCGGUGUUCAGUAUAUUCGGUGACGGCUCCUGCAGGAGUCGUGGACGGUCGGGAGGAGCCCGGAGUUCUCACGCCCAAGAGUCGCUGGGCUGAGUCUGGCGUCGAUAAUCCUGUCUUCGCUGGAGACUUUGAUGCCGCCUCCUGGAACCCCGCUAUCAAGGAGACCAUCUCUGUCGGUGCUCAGGUAGUCCCAGGGAUCAGGCCGGGGCAGCGUGGUUGCCCUGAGGCAGCACAGAGCCACAACCACCACGGAGGCCACCAUCAUCACCACCACCACCACGGGGGUCCUGGUCACUCCCACCUGGGCAUCUCAAAACUAGGCAACAAGGGCAUUGCCUUCAAUCUUCGCUCUCUCCUGGUCAUCCUCGCACUCUCCUUCCACUCCGUCUUCGAAGGCUUGGCAGUGGGACUGCAAGAGAACGAGGUAGAUGUGUGGUACCUAUUUGGGGCUAUAUCUGCCCACAAGUUCGUCAUCGCCUUCUGCAUGGGUCUGGAGCUGCUGGCUGGAGGCACGGCUGCUGGUCUCAUGGUGGUCUACAUGGUGGUCUUCGCCCUGGUGUCACCACUAGGCAUAGCCAUCGGCAUCGUAGUGACGGAGAACGUGACUUCGGAGUUGGGAGGUCACCUCGUGGCUAUCACCAUCCUGCAAGGGCUGGCAGGCGGCACCAUUCUCUAUGUGACUUUCUUCGAGGUUCUGGAACGUGAGCGUGGGCGUGCGGGCGGGCGCCUCUUGAAGUUCCUCUUCGUCGUACUGGGCUUUGCGGUCAUGGCUUCACUGGAGGCCAUAGGAGGCCACAGCCACGGACCGAAUAAUGGCCAUAGCCACGACGACCAUAAUCACGAAGGACAUAGCCACGAAGGCCCACUGAACACCACGGCGUUGACCAGCACGGAGAGCAUAAUUGAUCACCAGGACCACGACCACAACCACGACCAUAACCACCAGGGGCAUUAAUAGUUGAUGGUGGUCUCCCUGGGGCUUCUAGGGACCAUAAACUUUCCUCCUCGACUAUGGUCAGGAGGCAUGGCACUUUCCCCAGUCGUCAGUGCCAGUAGUGGUGGUAGAAGUGGCCUUACUCACCCCCCUCCUCAGCCACCACCACGACCACCUAUACCAGCCACUAUCACCAUUACAACCACCCCCACAACCACCUACAGCAGCCUCUACCACCAUCACACCUACCAACCACCACAACCACCACCUAAGCCACGUUAACCACCACUGGUAACAACAGUGACAGUGUAGAAUCAGUGAAGGUCAGAAUUCUCCACCGUGAUGGACGACCUACAUUCUCUCCAGUAUAACGUAAUAUACACAUUCCGGUUGGGGUAUGCUGUAACAUAUACGUUCUGUUUCCAAUAUAAGGGUGUAUACAUGUGCUCAGUAUAAUGGAGUAUACACACAGCUCUUCCAUUUGAAACACGAUUAAGUAUUCUUCUUGUAUACUCACGCUCAACUUGGCCGCUUUAACUACGUCUUCAUGAAAGAUUAAAAAGUUCUUUGAAGAAUAAAACACAUGUGUAACACGUGGGCAUCUUUAUUGGGCAUCCUUAUUAUGUUGCGGUAAAAUAAAGAUACCUUAGUAUUGCAUAUGUCUUAUUCUUCAAGCUGUCGGUAUUGUAUACUCGUGUGAGGUAGUCGAAGUUGGUGUUCGCUGCCUCUACCUUCACACGAUUUCAUAUAUCGAAUGAUUGUGGAGUUACAUUUCCUCUGGUCAAACCUACUUCCCUCCCAUUCUCCAGGUGCUGUGGGAUCCUUGAAAAUAACUAUAAUAGUAAGGUAAUAUUGAAAAUUAGUACCGAAUUCGGCUCCAAAUGUGUGUGGGGGAAAGGUUCAGUAAACUCGUUGCAGCGAGUGUGGUGGACAAGCUGACAUUGUGUGUCGUAAUAUGCGGCUGUUGUGUGUGGUAAUGGACAAAAGUGAUGUGUUGUGUGUCGUAAGAGCAAGAGUGUCGAGGAAUCGAUGAGUGCGUGUGAUAUCAGCCUUGGCCAGUUGAAGAUGUCCCCCAUAUAACUGACGUCCCCUUCCCUCCCUCUGUUUUCCCUGGUGGACAACACACUACAUCAUCUCUCUGAUACGUGAAAGACACAGUAGCUGGGGACGCUACACAACUAAUUUAGAAAAAGAAACGGGAUGACUGAAACCUUUUCCGGUUUUCCCGUUGAACUGACUUACUAUUAACAGUGAGACGUCAGAAGUGUUCCCACGUCACUUAGCGACGUAGCAGAAGUGAAGCUCGUGUUUACAUGGAAAAAUCUUUAUACUUUGACAUUAUAAAAAGCGACAGAAAUGUGUAUUUUUUUGUUGCAGCUCGUGCCAAAUUGGUGUUGUAACUCGCACGAGAAACUUCUGGUGUGAACGAGAAGCAGUUUGGGAUAAUUUAAGUGGCCAAAAUAGAGGCGUUGAGAAUGUUGCAAAGGGGAAUUUUACUUCCAACAUUCCAAUAUAAUAUUUCAAGGUUCUCCUGCAGUAACAUCAGCAGUAGCAGUAGCUGUUGCUACUGCUGCUGUUGUUGUUGUUGUUGUUGCAGCUGCCCAUUGUUACUGUUACUACUGAUGCUGCAGCUGCUGCUACUGCAGCUGCCAUUGUUGUUGGUGCUGCCGCUGCUGUUAAUUCCAUUAUUACUGCUGCAGCGGCCAUUUUUUAUGUUGCUACUGUUGUUGCUGUUUUCACUGAUGAUACUACUGCACUUACUGCCGCUUCUACUGCUGCAGCAGUAGAAGCGGCAGAAGCAGCACCUCAUAAGAAGGGAGGAGCACUGCAGCAGGCCUACUGGCCCAUACUUGGCAGGUCUUUCUCAGCUAACGCGACGGGCUGGAGUUCAAUCCCGGUCUGUCCCCAUUUCUGAAGCUGCGGAAGAGGGCAGCAUUAAUCACUCUCUACUAGGUAAAUUGUUCAACUCUACAACUCUGUUGUUAAACCAACAAUUUCCCGAGUCCAUUCUUAAACUUAAUUUAUUCUUCUAAAAUCCACUGUUUAUGUUGUGUGUGUGUGUGUGUGUGUGUGUGUGUGUGUGU